CUAAUUGGGAACGAAACAAAGCAACACCUGCAUGCCAAUCUAAAGGUUUUCCCACUUGGCUUCCCUGGUUACCCUGUUCCAGGGUAAAAGUCUAUAUUGGAGACACAUUUGUUUUGUGCUUUGUUUUUGUAGCUUUAGCAGUGUGUUAAGCUUUAGAAACUUUCCAUACUUUAAGCACAUGUUAGUGACCAGAAACAUUUGUGAAUCAGUUACUAGCAUCUGAAAUUGUUUUGAUAAAGGUGCUAUAACGCAUACUAAUUAUAAAUGCUUGCCAAUAAUGUUAGUUGUUUUGUUGUAAAUCUACUAAUCUUUCUUGCACUUUCAAAUAACCAGCUGUUGACUAAGAAUAAGGAGAGCAUCUUAAGAGAUGUUCAGGGGGAGUGAAACUACAACACUGUAGCCUGUGCUUUAUUUGGUCAUGAGCAAUGUGUCAAUGAUCUCGUGUCAAUGAUCUCCUGUCAAGCAGAACCACUUCAGUUGGUAAAUGCAUCUGGUUGACGCCUGGUUCCUAAAAAAGAAAGUGCAUCAUGACCAGAUGCAUUGUUUUAAGCCUCUGAUGAUUCCCCUUCAUAAGCACUGUCAGCUGCCAAAGAAAUGAGUUGGACAUAAAGAAGAGAUAAGGACACAGGCAUCUAAUAUUUAUUCAUUCUCUGUAGCUUAAAAUAAAGAGAAGGUAAAAAAUGAGUACUUUCGGGUAUCGAAAAGAACUUGAUAAAUAUGAGGAUAUUGAUGAAGAUGAACUGUUGGCUUCGUUGACAUCAGAGGAAUUGAAGGAGCUGGAACGGGAACUUGAGGAUAUUGAUCCAGACGGUAAUGUUCCUAUUGGACUGAGACAGAAAGACCAAACUGAGAAAACUCCAACUGGAACCUUCAGCAGAGAAGCUUUGUUAAAAUAUUGGGAAAGCGAGACCAAGAAACUUUUAGAAAAUGAAAGAACAGCACCAGGAAAAAGCCAGGAAGAAGAACAAGAGGAAGUCAUUGAUGAUAGUGAAGAUGAAUGUGUAACAGAAAACAACAGUGAUGCUUCAGAGGAAGAAGCAUAUACAGAAGAUGAGGAAGAAGAAGAAAAAGAAGAGAGUCAUGUUACUGAAGAAGAGGAUGAUGAAGAAGAGAGUCCUGUUACUGAAAACGAGGAUGAUGAAAACAAACCAGGGGAUGAAAUUGACAGAAUGUUGCACAGCACAUCAAAAAGCAGCCAUGAACAAAACGGACAAAACCAAUGUAAUGGAAAACUUGGUGGCAGUAAAAACUGUACACAAGAAACAAACGAAGAUCCUAAUCUUAAAGUAACUGCCAGCAGGCCUUGUGGUAAUCCGACUGUACUUGAUGACACACUUGAAAAGAUCAUAAACAAUGAUCUCAAUACACAUGAAAUAAAUCUUAAUAACAUUGAAAAUAUAACCAAGGAGAUGCUCAUUCGCUUUGCCGAGGCACUCAAGAGUAACACCAUUGUUAAGCUUUUUAGCUUGGCCAACACUCAUGCUGAUGACUAUGUUGCAUUUGCAAUUGCAAAAAUGCUUACAGAGAACAAAAGCAUUGCUAGUCUUAAUAUUGAAUCCAAUUUUGUUACAGGGAAGGGCAUCCUCGCAAUAAUGAGGGCUCUCCUGAAUAAUACUGCAUUGACAGAGCUACGGUUCCACAACCAAAGACACAUUUGUGGAGGCCAAACUGAAAUGGAAAUAGCUAAGCUCUUAAAAGAUAACACCACCCUAUUGAAAUUGGGAUAUCAUUUUGAUCUUCCAGGACCAAGAAUGAGCAUGACAAGCAUUUUGACACGGAAUCAAGAUAGACAGAGGCAGAAACGCCUCCAGCAGCAGAAGCAACAAGAAGUGGAAAGGAGAGAAGGUUCUGAGGGACCAGUCAAUCCAAGGACCAGUGUGUUACAAAAAGGAACACCAGGAUCUUCUCCUUAUACAUCUCCAAAGGGUUCACCAUGGUCAUCUCCAAAAGUAGCUAGAAAUUCUCAAAUAAAAAUAACUGUCCCAUGCCCUCCACCUCCUCCACCCCCUCCUCCACCCCUCCCAGAGAAGAAAACACCAACUAGGAAAAUAGCAGAGGUUAUUAAACUUCAUGAGCAGUCCAAGGCAAAACAACAGACUGGCCAGCAGAAACCUAAAGUUAGGAAGAACAAAAAAACAGAGAGGGAAAACAAUAUCCUAAAGGAAUUUAAGCAUGCUCUAAAACCAAUUUCCGAGAAGAAAGCAGAUGACAGAUCCAGACCAUCCACACCCCAGAGAUCUCUUCAUGAUAAUCUGAUGGCAGCAAUCUGCAACAGUAGUAUAAAACAGCUGAAACGGGUUGAAGUUCCAGAAUGUCUUCGGUAACUGGAAGAGAACCAAAUGAAAACAGAUGUCUGAUUUAAACUGUAUGUUGCAUUUAUUUUAGUAAGAUCAGUGUAGCAUGUUGUUUGCACUUUGAUUAAAAUUAACAUUCAAAUCAGAUUAAAAGGUAACAAAAAGAUUAGACUUAGUUUACUAUUUAUGCAAUGUAAUAUAACAUCAAGCCAUUUGUGCAAGCUUCUGUGCUGAUACUUGAUAAAUGCUGACGGAUUGAUUUUAUUAUUAUUAUUAUUGAUUUGACUUCUUACCUGUAAAUAAAACAUUUUCUGUAGUAAAUAUAUUCAUGACAAAACAUGUAGAAUAAACUGGAAUUAAAUUUCCUUUGUCAUGUACAAUAUGCCCCUUCCUAGUUUUACUUCUCCCAUAUUGUUACUACAGGAAUGCACAGUAUUUCUUUCUUGAAAUUAUUCAGGAACAGUACACCUCACUAUCAGCUCUUUGUUUUUAACACUAACUUUUUUUUUUAAAUAAUCAAUAGUGUUAACAUUUCAGAAAAAGUUAAAAUGUCAUUAAAUCUACAAUAUAGCUUUUCUAUGUAAGGACAUAAACUAGUACUGUAUUAGAAUAAAUUAUUUCUUCCAGUAAUAGAAUAAAACAUAGCCUCCUUAUUAUCGUUAAUAAUUUCUAUUGGAAUGCAGAGAGAAGUUCCAGUGAUUAAAUUAUUUUGCAAUCAGAACUGAAGUCAAAGAUACAUUGAUUAAGUGUGUUCUGCUCAUGGUAUAACCCAAAUAAGUUAAAUAAAAAUAGAGUCUUAAGAGAUGCGUUUUAAUCCACUCCCUUUGUAUUUAUGUAUCUUGGAAGCGUUCCUGGUCCCAAAUCCAUUCUGCAGCUGUUCAAAGCAAACAUGCACAUUUAGCUGUAGAGGUCCCAAACCAAAUAUUCCACCUAUCCAUAUUGGGAAUGAUUGAUGAAGAAAGGAACCAACAUUUUAUAAAAGACAUGAGCAGAAAUAAGUAAUGGAAAAUGAUUACAAUGGUAACAAUAUAUUGCAACUUUCAAAGCACUACUUUUCAUUUUUCUGAAUGCUCAGUCUACACUUGUUACUAUUGUUUGUAGUAGAAAAGCAUUUUUAGUUGACCAUGGAAAGUUAACAAACAGUAAUGCCUAUAAGAAAAGAAAACACAUACCUUGUUGUUCACGUGUUCAGAAUAAACAAACCAUUAUAUUUCCAAAUUUCAUCAGCACAUUAGUGUGUAAUAAAUCUCCCUUUUAAUUUUUAGGAAAACAAAAACAUUAACAGACAAAUAAGCAGACUCCAAUAUAUGUCAAACAUUUCACAAACCAUACAAAACCAGGAUACAGCCACAACAGUCAGAGAGAUAAUGUGCUAUAAAUAAAACUUGUGAUAAAUCUGUUCUAAAUUUGGCUUCCUUGGCUCUUAUUUACAUCAUUAAUCACUAGUGACUGGUAGAAAAUAAUACUUAAAUGAGAUGUUUAACCAAGAUCCAAUAGCACUUAGGAACAAAUGGCUGGUCCAAUUCCCCCCUCCAAAUUUCACUUCAAAUUUGUAUUUAUACCUAGAGAAUCGCAUGUCAAAACGGAUAAAACGUAGUAAAAGAUUCUUCACCAUGUUAUUGUGGGUAUCAAGAAUCUGGGGAAACUGUACAUGGAGAAAUGUGUCUCUGAUGGAAGGGGGAUACAACUAACAUAAAUGUUAGCUUAUUGGUUUUAGACCCCCUAUCUUAUUGGUUUUACUUCCCUUUUAAUUUAUACUAAUCAUACACAGAAAUGGGACAUUAUGUUCUGUAAAGCACAAAGCAGACACCAAUUUUCCGUAAAUAUUAACAUUUAUUUAAGUAUACAAUUUAGUAUUAGUCCAUUCCUUUUCCAACCUAUUUGCAAGGUUUGGUAUUAUGGUAUCUAAUGCACCACAAACCCAAGAAAAAUAAAAUAAAGAUUGUAAAAUUCAUCCAUGUACAACAAUACUGUUAAAAACAGCAUUCAUUACUGCAUAAAGGUUCAAUACAUAGUUCGGCAGCUCUAACUCACAAACAAGUGUAAAAAGUGAUUAACACUUUUUACUGCAUCUUUUAAAAAAUGAACCACUAUGCUAUAGUAAACUUGCAUGUUUUUAAACAACAAAAAGGUGGAAUUAAUUUUAAAAAAUAAUAUUGACCUGCUUCCCACAAUUUUAUUCUGAUGACUGCUACAGUACAAAACAGAAAAGUGAAUUUCAUAAACAUAAUCAGAUAUACAGUGUGACUGUUGGAAACAAAUGACCUCACUCCAACAGAAAACAAUAUUGCUACGGUAUAAGAGACAAACCAGUACUGUAGAUAUUUAUAGGAUGCUGUGCACUCCUGUACUGAAUUAUAGAGACCAUUAAAGCAUAUUGCUGAACACAGAAUUGUGUACACUGUAUUCCUGUAUUGAAUUACUUUAAAA